CAGUUAUAAGUUUCGUCGGUUUAAUUGGUCGAAGGAUUCGUCACUUUUAAAAUAAAACCUUGGUACGGAAGUAUGUACUGUGUAGCAAUAGACGCAUUACGUGAACGUGGAUUGUAAUUAUGCAGACCCCUAACUAGCUUAAAAAUUGAAGAAAACAAAUCCACUUUACGUAAUGGACUUUGUGAUUGCUGGGACGUCCGCCGUUAGUGCUGGUUUCUUUACGCAUCCGCUGGAAGUGUUGAAAAUACGCGUUCAGCUGCAAGGCGAGUUGCGCAAAAGAGGCCAACACGCCGUGCAUUAUAAGAACUUAUUUCACGCCGGAUAUGUUGUGGCAAAAACGGAAGGAAUACUCGCUUUACAGAAAGGUCUUGUAGCCGGACUGUGGGUUCAGUUAAUUAUGAAUGGGCUGAGAUUGGGUGCUUACCAACUCGCCGACUCGCAUGGAUAUGUAAGGGAUAAUGAUGGCAAUUUAAUAUUCUACAAGAACGUUUUAUUUGGCGGUUUAGGGGGUACAUUUGGACAUUAUUUUGCUAGUCCCUUUUUUAUGAUUAAGACCCAUUUUCAAUCACAAGCGAGUCAGAGUAUUGCUGUCGGAUAUCAGCAUAACCAUAAAGGGACCUGGCAGGCUUUGAAGACCAUUUUCAAGGAACAUGGGAUUAAGGGAUUAUUCCGAGGAGCCGGUGCAUCAAUUCCUAGAGCUUUCGUAGCUUCAACGUCCCAGUUAACUGCAUUCACAUACAGUAAGGAAUUUUUAACGAAGCGCAAUGUAUUAAACAACCACCCAUAUCUGAAAUCGUUCGUUUCAAGUAUGGUUGGAGGAGUCGCUAUCAGUACAAUGGUUACACCGUUCGAUCUUAUAUUGACGCGACUGUACAAUCAGGGAGUUGACAGUGAAGGGCGUGGAUUGUUAUAUAAAAACUAUACAGAUUGCGUCGUAAAAAUUUAUAAAUCCGAAGGUUUGCUGGGGUUUUCAAAAGGGCUUAGUGGAAAUUAUUUUAGAUUAGGGCCCCAUACUGUGCUGUGUCUAAUGUUUUGGGAUUAUUACAAAGAUCUGUAUGGCAGGUUUCGUGCUAAACAUCGGCAGCAAGUGAAUGUGUAGCAUAGUAUCUAUAGUGUAAUCGAACAUGCAUUUUACACUGAAUUCAAUGAAAGUCAUUUUCAAACUGUCCAAAUCGGUGGAAGGUUGAUGGACAUCGAAUUCUGUGAUAGAUUUAGUUACAAAUGUUGUACUCAAUUAAACUGACCUUUACUUAA